UGGAAACAACGUUUGCAAGCUAGUACAGUAUUGUGUCAUUAUAUAAGGAUAUAUAGAAAAUGUAUGCAAUAUUGUUCAAAAGCAACACAAGUUGAGAGAAUUUAUCUUAGAGUAAUAAAUUCAUGGCCUCCUCCCCCUUCCUCAGCUAUCUCCUCUUUGGUUCCUUGUUAUAUCUGAGCUGCCUUAAUAAUGUUUUCUGCUUGGAGAAGAGCUUUGGGUUUGAAGAGAAGGUCACCUCUCAAACUCUUCAUACUGUUCAGCUCCUCUCUCUACUUCCGUCAACUAUCUGCAGCCACUCUACCAAAGUGGAGAACAACAAGAGAUCAGUAGUGAAAGUUGUAGAGAAGCACGGUCCAUGCUCUCAACUCUACAAAGACGAAACAACUAGAGCACCAACUCCGGCUGAAAUUCUGGAGCAAGAUCAAGACCGCGUUAAUUCAAUUCAGUCCCGUCUUUCCAAGAAACCCAUAGAAACUGACGCCACAACCAUUCCGGCCAAGUCCGGCGAGCCUAUUGGCUCCGGCAACUAUAUAGUGACGGUGGGGCUUGGCACACCCAAAAGAGACCUAUCUCUCGCAUUUGACACCGGCAGUGAUAUAACUUGGACCCAGUGCCUGCCCUGCAAUGCCACGUCUUGCUAUCCACAAAAGGAACCACUCUUUGACCCUACCAAGUCAACCUCAUACUCCAACAUUUCCUGUACCGCCUCCGAACAAUGCUCCCAGCUAACUUCCAGUACUCCAACUAGAUGUUCUUCCAUUACAUCCACAUGCAUAUAUGGAAUUCAGUACGGAGACAAGUCCUUUUCCAUAGGAUACUUGAGCAAAGAAAGGAUUACACUGUCCCCGUCCGACGUGUUUAACGAUUUCCUCUUCGGCUGUGGCCGUAACAAUCAAGGUCUGUUCAGGGGUAUUGCAGGUUUGCUGGGCUUGGGCCGAGACAAAAUCUCCCUCGUCGAACAGACGGCCCAGAAAUACAACCGAAUAUUCUCCUACUGCCUACCACCCACCUCCAGUUCCACCGGAUACUUAACCUUCGGCAAAGAAGACAAGCCUGCCAGCGACAUCAAGUACACCCCGCUAACCACACUUUCUCAGGGCGAUUCGUUUUAUGGCCUCCAAUUGCAAGGGAUAAGUGUUGGUGGAAGUCAAGUACCAAUUCCGGCAUCCGUUUUUUCCUCCGGCACCGUUAUUGAUUCCGGAACUGUCAUAACUCGUUUACCGGCAACUGCAUAUAGCGCCUUCAGGUCCGAGUUUCGGCAACAGAUGAAAGAUUAUAAGUUGAUAACAGUAACCCCAAACUUCUUAUUGGAUACUUGCUAUGACUUCAGCGGUCAUGCAGAGGUAAAGAUUCCAAAAAUAAGCUUCUUGUUCGGCGGAGGGACUAUGGUGGACUUGGAUGUAACCGGGAUAUUGGUUGUAUUGAGUAAGUCCCAAAUUUGUUUGGCAUUUGCUGGGAACAAGGACGAUUCUGACAUUGCCAUCUUCGGGAAUGUCCAGCAGAAAAGGUUCGAGGUGGUGUAUGAUAUUGUAGGAGUGAGAAUUGGGUUUCGCUCUGCUGCUUGUUAGUUAUUUAAUAUCAGGCAAGCAAUACGAGGAUGUGGUUUAUAUAUGCAUGUAGCAACAGAAGAAGGUUGGUGGUGUUUGUCGUUAACUGAUUCAUACUUAUGUUAUAGCGGAAUAUUACAUGAAUCAGUUGAGCAAAUGAUUUAUGAAUAAGGAUGGGGUUUAUAAAUAUGUAAGUGAUUUUUUUUUUUUUUUUUGGGUAAGCUAAAUUAUAAAUAAUAGUAGGCUUUUAAGUUUAUGGGAAUGGAAUAAUAACUUUAUAAAGCGGUAGUGUUUUUAUUAUUAUUUUGAAUUGUUGCUUGAACAUGACUUCAUUGAAAAUAAAGUCUUUUUUGAUUA